AUGUCAAAGAAAUUCACUUAUACUAAAAUAACAGAACAAAAUAAUAAUGAUAAUAAUAAUAAUAGAACCACUAGAAAAAAUAGUACGCGUACUACAUCAUCUUUGAAACUUAAAUUUCAAAGUAUGAUCCCAUACCAUUUUAAUAAUAUUCAAUCCAAAUCACAAUGGUGGUUUUAUACUUCAAUAAUGGUAUCUUCAACUGUAGCUGCUUCCUAUAGAGCUUAUUAA